GCCUGUCCCCGACGAUAAUCUUUCACUCGGUGAUGUACCGUUGGGCCUGUGACCGCCUCAACGAGGAACCUUCCUUUGAUGCUUUUCGCUUGCUGUAUAAGAUUCAGGAUACGCCCAAUUGUUGGUCGAUCAGGAGGCGGGAUGGCGCUGUAGGCCUUGUUACUGGGGCGCCGAAGUUGGAUUCUCCUUGGUUCAGGGAGUACUUCUUCGCGCGUCCUUCCUGGAAGUGGUAUUCGGGCGAUGAGGAACCGCCGACGGGUUAUGCGGUCGGCUCUAAGGAAGCGUGGUGUUCCUCUAGUCAGUUUCCACAGUCGGUGAAAGACCACGUAGGCCGCUUGGUAGAGGGAUUCCAGCUGCGGGUGACGCGUAGCGGUCUUGAGAGCGCUUACCAGCAUGUGCGCGGCUUCUAUGGUCUGAAAGAUUUGGCCAAUGCGAACCGGCCAAAAGGGAAGAAGCGGGGGGCCGCUGUUGCAAAGACUGGUGCGCCCUCUUCUUCGACGGUAGCGGGGAAGACAGCUCCCGUGACCGCAGCAACGGUGGCCGCCUCUGCUGCCGCGUCCGUUGCUCCUACGAUGGUGACCCGUGGUGCGGGGAAGAGGCCGCCAGGGACAGGUAGCCCCCAAGGAGCUGUGAAGCGUCCUAAAGUAACUCAGGGAAGAACUGGAGUGGCGCGGGGCAAGGCCGCUCGUCAAACUGACCAGUCUUACCCCAUAAGUUUGCCCCCUCUCGCGGCGACCGACACCGAGGCGGCUGAGCUAGCGUUCCAUACUGUGAGCGAUCAGCUUGAUAUGCCAUCGGAGUAUACUGCGACCUCGCAGGGGUGCAACCGAAGACUCGCUGGGAUUGCUUCUCAGUUCUUUUUCUCGGUGAGUUUUUGUAUUUCGAUUAUUGGGACUUGUCAUGAGACAUGAUUGACGUGGUCAUGUUUUCCCUUUGCAGGCUCAGAUUGGAUUUUCGCAGAUCGUUAUGCUGAAUGACCGCCUAUCCAAGACCGUUGAUGAGAAUGUGGUUGAGAUAGCCAAGUUGAAGAAGAAUCUGGCUGAAGGGCGGUCGGCGUUGAUAGGAGAGCUGCGACCCGUUUUGGAACGCGGUUUCGAGGAGCGGUUGUCCAAGCAACGGGAAGAGCUGUCUGCGGAGAAAAAGGCCCGGGUGGCGGUCGAACGUGAGCGGGACAGUAUGCAAAAGAAGCUUCGGCAAGCAGAAGAGAUCGGGAGGACGUUAUUGGAGGAACAAGAGUCGCUUCAGAAGGGGAUAGACGCCCUCAAGCUGGAGAAGGCCACCCUCCAAGAGGGUCGCAAGGCGGAGUUGGCCGCCGCUCGAGCUGAGGCGGGUUCGGCCUAUCUGCAGUCCGCGGAGUUCCAGGCCCUUGAUGGGGAGAAGUACAAAAAUAUAGUGGGAGAUGUUGUGGCCGCGAUCCGUCAUUUGUUCCGCAGCGACCAACCGGAUGCAGUUUGGGAUACUGACAAGGUUUGGGACGCGAUUGGGGCUUGGACGGAUGCUGAUGUGAACUCCGAGGCGGACGAUGAAGGUGAUGAAGAAGCCCGCGAUGAGGAGGAGUAGGAUAGGGAGCGGUCUCCAGCUGUCUGAUGCUUUGUUUCAUUCGGACCGCCAGGCGGUUGAUGUUUUGUAUUUGUGACUUGUGGAUUUCCGGACCGCUCGAUGUCCGUUAUUUUGUGCGUGUUUUGCCCCCUACACAGUGAUGGGGGUUUAUGCUACUCUACGUGCGGCAUCGCUAUGCCUUGUGAACUUGUAGUGAUUUCUUUGUAGCUUCGAGGGUUUGAACCGCUACUGCUUUGUGUAUCCUUGACUUUUGCAUGUUUGGCUCGCAGACUCAGUGAUCGUGGCGCCUAAUAGCUUGCCUUAUUGUGAGUGCGGUUUCGCCAAUGCUAGCGGUG